CAACCUAGUGCAGAGUUUUUGCAAGAAGUGCGGGUCGCAUGCUUCGCACGUCAGAUGCAGGAGCUUCAGCUUGGGACAUUUAUCACCAAUCCGCGGGUGAGAGCUACUGCGCAAACGCCGGAGGUGGAAGGCAAAGGUGCCACGCCGGCGGGAAGGAGGAGUGCACCGUGGCUCUUGCUGGGGGCGCUUGCAAUCAGGCGACAGCUGACGCGCCGCAUGGCAGGAGCUUCCAGUUCGGAGAAGGUUUUCAUCGGAGUGGACUUCGGCACGAGUGGUUGCCGUGCCGCCUGCCUUGACUCCAAUGCCUCGCUGUUGGCUGAAAGUUCCGUUGCUUAUGGCGACGCAUCGGGCCCUGAGUGCUGGCGGGAAGCGCUGUGCAAGGUAGUGAAGGAAUUGCCAAGACGAGAGUCGGCGGCAGCCAUUUGCAUUGAUGGGACGUCGGCCACAGCAUUGCUUUGCAGCUCAGCAGAUGGACAUGUUCUGGAAGGUCCGUUGAUGUACAACUUCUCCUGUAGCGCCGCUGCUGUGCAGCGCUGCCGCGCCAUCUUGCCGAAUCCAGACCACACUGCAGCAGCUUCCAGCUCCACACUGUGCAAGGCCUGGGAGUGGAUCUUGCAAGGCAAAGCUGGGCCCGGGAAAAGGUUGGUACAUCAAGCGGACUGGCUCACAGCACAGCUUCUGGGCACCGAUGUGCCGUCGCCAGGUACUGAUUACCACAAUGCCUUGAAGUUGGGCUACGACGUGGAGUCCCUUCAGUGGCCAGACUGGCUGAAGCGCAGUGAGGUGGCGCCUCUGCUGCCGGAGAAGGUGCUUUCUCCCGGGGAGACGGUUGGAUACAUAGGCGCCGGACCUGCAUCCUGGCUUGGAUUGCCGGAGUCCUGCCGAGUUGCGGCUGGCACCACUGAUUCUAUCGCAGCUUUCUUGGCUGCAGGCACCUCCCAGGUCGGAGAGGCAGUGACCUCACUCGGCUCAACACUGGCCAUUAAAAUGCGAAGCCUUGUUCGGGUGGAGGACUCUUCCUUCGGAGUGUACAGCCACCGGUUGGGGGGCGAUCCGCUGCAGUGGCUGGUGGGUGGAGCUUCUAACACCGGCGGUGUAGUUCUGAGAAAGGUCUUCACCGACAAGGCCUUGAAGCAUCUUAGUGCAGAGAUUGAUGCUGAGGCUGACUCAGGGCUGGAUUAUUACCCCUUGCCUUGCAAAGGGCAGCGAUUCCCCAUCUCUGACGAUAACUUGGAGCCGCGUCUCGAGCCACGGCCAGAAAGCGACGCCCAAUUCCUGCACGGCAUCUUGGAGGGCAUGGCACGCAUUGAGGCAGCCAGCUUCCAGAAAUUGGAAGAGCUCGGUGCCGGCAGACUGCGGCGCGUGGUUACAGCUGGAGGGGGCGCCAAGAACCCUACAUGGUGUCGGAUUCGUCAACGGCUUAUUGGGGUGCCAGUGGAGAGCGCCGAGUGGACGGAGGCUGCUUGUGGGGCCGCCCUGCUGGCCAUGAAAGGCGUCUCUUUGCUGGGCGCACUCGCCGACCAGAAAUGAGAGCGCGAA